AUGCCAGUGGAGACACGCAGUGCUACACAAACCCCUAGUAUGAGUCCUUCUGGUCCUCGAAGACAAAGGCGAAUGAAGAAAAGCGGAGAUGGAGAUGAGAACAUCGCUGCACAAAAGAUAGAAGUGAAGAUGGAACCCGAGGUCGGUGAGAAGCGUGAAGCCCCUGAGCCUGAAGAGACAGAGGCGAAGAGGCCGAAGAUAGAAGAGGCCGAUGUAAAUAAAUAUGCAUUCACCCCAGGGGUAAUCGAGCGUGGACAUAUAUACUUCUUCUACCGCCCAAAAGUCCAGCAUGAAGAAGUUCAUUCUAUGGACGAUGUCAGCAAGCUCCAUGUACUCCUUGUCCCUAGUUCAUCCGAGUCCUUUAGCGUGCAAGGCAAAAGUGAGCAGAGUAAAGAUGACUCCGGUGCAGAUGCCGACGAGAUGAACCUUGUCGCGCAAGGCGCAGACGCUGCACCUGCACCUGAGUCAACGACAAAGGACAAAAAACAUUUCCGCUUGAUCAUUGUCGGCAAGAAGAGACUCCCUGAUCCUGAACGCGAAAAGCACGCCCCAAUCUGGGCGACAGUAAUAUUCGUGGGCGACAAUUUACAUGACCUGGAGAAGAAGCUGGGGGAAAGGACUUAUGAGACAAAGACCCGGGGUACACGUCGCACACCGCCUGUUCGCCUUGCAGGCCGUGGUGUGUAUGCGACUGUCAAUUCUCAAGGGAAUGUUCCAUCAAGAAAUGCCACUCACCUUGGAUACCACCUUUCACACCCGACCGAGUUGGGAGAUGUCCAGAAAGCACUUGGGAUUCAUAUUGCAUCCUCUUUCGUAAUCCAACUCAAGAAUCCCAAAGCAGAGGCUCCGGUUAGUCAACGUGUAGGAUUGCCCAAGAGUCGACGUGCAAUUUAUUCAGAAGACGUCAUGAAACACGUAUUUGGAAGGGGUGAAAAAGGACGUUCGUCGAUUGGACUCCGAUUCACCAAUUGUAACUGUAUCGAACUUCUGGACCACGAAGGUACUGAAUUACUUCUCAUCCCCGCCCGUACGGGAACGGAAGGAAAUGAUCAGAGCCUCGGAAAUGGGCGGGGAGAAGCUUUGGAAGAAGCCAGCCGCUGUGAAUCGGAGGAGCGAGUCGAACAAAUUUUCAAUCAAUUAGCCUUUAAUAAAGACCGCUUCCCAGCAGAGCCUCUCAAAGGGGAGUGGGCCUAA